CAAACAUCUUUUGAAAGAUCUUCAGAUCAGCAUAUUCUAUGUUUGGGGUAACUAGUUAAUUGAUUACUUAUUCAAAAUAUAGUUUAUUGCUCGAGGAAGUUGAAAUUCAUAAACCUUUUUUAGUCAUCCGGGACUUAUCAGAAUAUGUGUAAAAAAAUUGAUUUCAUGAUCUUCCUUAUUUGUCAAUGCAUGAUAAAAGUAAUUUUAAAACGUGAAAUUCAUUUAAUCUCCAAGGUUUUUAUUUCUGCUGGAAGGUGCCCUGAAACUCUAGCCCUUCACCCAUUUAGAUGUCUUGUUUGCUUGGUUGGGUCAAAACCUCUAAUAAAGGGAAUGAUGCUCUAGGAAUUAGUAUUGUUCAACUCUUAUCAAGUGUCUAUACUUGAAAAUUUCCUUUUUGAGGUUUAGUUUCCUUAUUUUUAUUCUGGAUAGGUAAAGCUAAGUUUCUUUAGAGAGAUUCAAAACACAUGUUAUUUUUCUAUGGUGCUGCAUUCAGUUGCAUUUGUUUGCGACCUUUAAUUUUAAGAAUUCUUCCCUAUUAACUUUUUUUUGACAACUGAGAAAUCCCCAAGGACAGUGACAUGGUUUGAAAGUUGAUGGAUAAUGGGCCACCCCUUUACCUUGUCUACGUAAAUACUAGGCUUUUUGUCUUCGGCAAGGUUCAAACUUGUGAUGCGUGCCUAACUCACACAUCAUGCAUUGUGCUCUUAUCACUAGACCAAAGCUUUGGGGCCACAUUGCUACCUAUUAACUAAUGCAAUAUAUCUUCAUGCAUAGAAUGACAUAGUACUGUGCACAUACACUACAGCUACUUGUUGACCCCUCUAAAGAAAAGGAGUAAUCCUCUUAACCAAUGCUUUUAGAGUUUGACAAUUGGUAUUUGAAUUUUUAAAGCUCUUGUGAGAAAGACUGUAAAAGUCUUAUUACCUCGCCGAGUCUUAACUCAUGAAUUGUUGGAUUUUACCUUCAGCUUAGAUUUUUUUUUCCUGUUUAAUUUAUGGGUAUGUUGAUUGAUGUGUUGUUUGAUACUUGCUUUCUGUCCAUCUUUGAGCAUGUUGUCUAACUUGUGCAUAUGUAUAAAGCACCAUCCUUUUAAGCUACAAUGAGUUGAAAGUAUUAAUAUCUGCUAUACAUGGUAACAGUGGUUUGUCUGCAGAAAAUGUUGCUAAAUGAUGCAACCUGUUUUCAAGUCAUCAUUAUAUGCAAUGAAUUAUCAGUUGUACAUGCAGAGAGACUUCUGUGGCUUUAUACAAUUAUUCAGAGAGAUUUCAUGGUCAUUCUGUAUUUACUUCGCUAAAACUUGAUAAAGCAUCUGUAGAGUGGACUCUGCUGUAGUUAGAUAUGCAGACUAAGAAAAAAUUGAAUGGGAGAAAUCCACGAGAGCUGGCUAGUCCAAAGGUUUCAAGGCAGCAGCGAAAAAUGUCCGAGAAAGUGCAAACUGAGGCAAAGCAAGUUAAGGAACUUAUAACAUCUUCAGUAAGGAAGCAAAAAUCAGGAAGCAAUUUUUCCAAAAAGAUUGAGAAUCAUGUCGUCAGUACAGAUUUGGAUAUAAGGUUUGGGUUGGUGGCUGAUGCUACUUCUGCUGCUUCAGACGCUCAUGAUGUUGUUCAUGAUUAUAAUACCAUUACUAUUAAUAAGGACUAUGAUGGUGAAAGUGAUAGUUGCAGAAGUGAUACAAUAUUUUCUCCCACCUUCCAUAUAUCCAGAAGUGUUGGAGGGGAAAUUUCUAACUGUGCAGACUUCCUCAAAUUCUUCCAGCAAGCAGACCAGCCAUUGCAGGAGCCUGGAAAAGAAAAUAUAGAGGUUGAUUUGCUGACAAGUCAUUUUGUGCUAGACGAGGCUACAGAUUUAGGGGACCAGCAUAUGUCAUCUGAAGUUUCAGCUGUGCAUCUCUCUAUCAAAGAUUCAAAACUGGAAUGCAUUGAUGAAUUUAAUCAAGUUCAGUUGCCUGCUGAUGUUAAUAUGGAGGAAGAGGAAACUGAAGAGUUUGAUGACUUCGAUCCAUAUUUUUUCAUUAAGAAUUUACCAGACUUGUCCUCAGUUGUUCCAACAUUUCGGCCUGUGUUGUUGCCUAAACAGACACGGAGUUGCCCAUCAACCACUCUUGUUUUGGACUUGGAUGAGACUUUGGUGCACUCUACACUUGAACCUUGUGAUGAUGCAGAUUUCACAUUCUCAGUGAAUUUCAAUCUGAAAGAUCAUACCGUAUAUGUUCGAUGCCGUCCUCAUCUCCGAGAUUUUAUGGAUAGAGUAUCCAGCCUAUUUGAGAUUAUCAUAUUUACUGCAAGCCAGAGCAUUUAUGCUGAGCAGCUUUUGAAUGUGCUUGAUCCAAAGAGAAAAGUAUUUAGGCAUCGUGUUUACCGUGAGUCUUGUAUAUUUGUUGAUGGCAAUUACCUUAAAGAUCUGUCAGUUCUUGGCCGUGAUUUAGCACAUGUGAUUAUCAUCGACAACUCUCCUCAGGCAUUUGGAUUCCAGGUGGACAAUGGUAUUCCAAUUGAGAGCUGGUUUGAUGACCGUUAUGACAAAGAGUUACUGUCACUGCUCCCAUUUCUGGAAAGCUUAGUUGGAGUGGAAGAUGUUAGACCAAUUAUUUCAAGCAAAUUCAACCUUCGCGAGAGAAUAGCUGCUGCUGUUUGUCCUUUUAACUCUAUUAGAGAAGAUAAGGCCGUACCUGUAUAGAUUCAGUCUUGGUAACUUGAAUUUUAGAUUUCAAUGGCUCUAGAUGAGUUAGAGUAAUCAGUUGUGAAGUGCCAUUGUGGAAGCCAGUUUGCUAGGGAGGUUGGUUUGUUAUGUUGGUUAAUUUAUGUAAUUCUCAUUUAUCUUGUAAUGGUGUCAUAACGAAUGGAGGAAAAAACCCUCUGAAUAAGUUUAUGUUUGAAACCUUGUGGUGAACAUUAGUUGUUCAAAUAUUGAGUUGCCUAAUUAAUGUGUUUCCUCAUUUAUUUGUA